AUGGGGCUGCAUGCCCAGGAAACGCUACUAAUGUGGCGCUGCAUAUGGGGCUGCAUGCCCAGGAAACGUGGCUGCACUAAACGCCACUGUGGCGCUGCAUAUGGGGCUGCAUGCCCAGGAAACGCUACUACUCUGGCGCUGCAUAUGGGGCUGCAUGCCCAGGAAACGCCACUAAUGAAACGCUACUACUGUAGCGCUGCAUAUGGGGCUGCAUGCCCAGUAAACGCUACUACUGUGGCGCUGCAUAUGUGGCUGCAUGCCAGGGAAACGCAACUACUGUGGCGCUACAUAUGGGGCUGCAUGCCCAGGAAACGCUACUACUGUGGCGCUGCAUAUGGGGCUGCAUGCCCAAGAAACGCUACUACUCUGGCGCUGCAUAUGUGGCUGCAUGCACAGGAAACGCUACUACUGUGGCGCUGCAUAUGGGGCUGCAUUUACAGUAAACGCUACUACUGUGGCGCUGCAUAUGGGGCUGCAUUUACAGUAAACGCUACUACUGUGGCGCUGCAUAUGGGGCUGCAUGCCCAGGAAACGCUACUACUGUGGCACUGCAUAUGGGUCUGCAUGCCCAGAAACGCUACUACAGUGGCGCUGCAUAUGGGGCAUUAUGACCAGGAAACGCUACUACUGUGGCGCUGCAUAUGGGGCUGCAUCCCCAGGAAAUGCUAUUACGGUGGCGCUGCAUAUGGGUCUGUAUACCCAGGAAACGCUACUUAUGUGGCGCUGCAUAUGGGGCUGCAUGCCCAGUAA